CUUCCGGCCUUGGCUGCAAAUCCUCGUCCACCGUCCCGUGCAGGCUGGGUUUAGCUAAACUGCCUGUGCAGGUUGGCUUGGCAUUUGAGCGACUGUGCGUCGCAACGAAUGGCUAGGGACCUGAUCGGGCCGGCACUGCCGCCAGGCUUCAAGGAGCACGCGACAGUUGAGGACGAGGAGCGGGACCCGAGCCCGGUUGCAGGGCCAGCUCUGCCCCCUAAUUACAGAAGCUGCAGUUCAGACUCCUCAGACAGCGACGAGGACAGUAGUUCUUUAUCUGAAGAAGGAAAUCAAGAGUCUGAAGAAGAUGACAGUGGUCCAACUGCAAAAAAGCAGAGGGGAACUCAAGAUAGAGAUGACGAGGAUGAGGGAUUUUUUGGACCAGCCCUUCCUCCUGGGUUUAAGAAGCAGGAUGACUCUCCUCCCAGGCCUAUAAUAGGUCCUGCAUUGCCACCUGGUUUCAUUAAGUCUCCACAGAAAAAUGACAAAGGCAGACAGGAUCCAGGGCGAGUGUCACCAUUCUUCAACUCAGAGGAAGCAGAGAGUGGUGAAGAUGAGGAUAUUGUUGGACCAAUGCCUGCAAAAGGACCAGUUAACUAUAGUGUAACAACAGAGUUUGAAAAAAGGGCCCAGAGAAUGAAGGAAAAAUUGACCAAAGGAGAUGAUGAUUCAUCUAAGCCAAUUACAAGAGAGUCAUGGAUGACUGAGCUUCCACCAGAAAUGAAAGACUUUGGUCUUGGGCCAAGAACCUUUAAGAGAAGAGCAGAUGACAAAUCCGGAGACCGAUCCAUCUGGACAGACACCCCAGCCGACCGGGAAAGGAAAGCUAAGGAAAUACAAGAAGCAAGGAAGUCAUUCAGUAAGAAAGAUGAAGAGAACAUAUUGUCAGGAAGGGAUAAGAGACUGGCUGAGCAAGUAUCCUCAUACAAUGAAUCAAAAAGGCCAGAAUCCCUCAUGGACAUUCAUCAUAAAAAGUUAAAGAAUAAGGCUGCCGAAGAUAAAAACAAGCACCAGGAGAGAAUACCGUUUGACCGCGAUAAAGAUCUCAAGGUUAAUCGCUUUGAUGAGGCUCAGAAAAAAGCCCUAAUAAAGAAAUCCAGAGAACUAAACACCCGGUUUUCACACGGCAGAGGCAACAUGUUUUUAUAAGACUCUUGUCUUCAUGGUCUCGCCAAAGCUGCCUACAUCUUGGAACUUCACAUAGGAUCAUCUGAUUCAUAUAUGUAUAUAGCACUUUGUAUCUGGUUUACUGGAAUAUUAAUUCUGAAUGGCUUUUUUAAAUAACCAAAUAAUAACUGGAAAUGGGGACUGUGUACUCACAACCGCCCCGUGGGAGCGUUGUGUGCUUUAAUGCUGUAAGCACUGCCUCUCGAGCUGUUAAACAGAUGCUCCUGAGUAAGGAGGUAGAGCUAAAUGAGAUUCCGUGUGGGUCUUGCAGGUUUCCUUCUGACUCUGUGUUCUAGUUUUCAUGAAGCAUAGGGUUUUAAUGGGAAAAUUUUCUGAUUCGCAAUUCAUGUAAACUUUAUAAAAUUGGGCAAACUGUUCAAAUUACAAUAGAGUAUUUCUCAAUAGUGGCACACUUUUGUACUGUUACAAACAGCCUGUUCAAGGAUUGCUGCUGCUGCUGCUUAAAACCUGAAUUACUUUGAGUAAAUCAAAGAGGCUUCUUGUCCACAUAGAUUUGGACAGACCUAUCCUUUGACUAAAGUGAGUGGGUUUCUACAUAUGAAACUUUAUACAAGAGUAUUAGUUCGGACUAGGCAUGGUGAUGAAUGCCUUUAAUCCCAGCACUUGGGAGGCAGAGGCAGGCAGAU